AUGAGCCAAGUUUCCGAUUACGGUUCAUAUAUGCCACCGAAGACAUUUGUGCUUUGCUUUGAUGGGACGGGGAAUAAGUUCUCCGGCACGGAGGCGGAUUCUAAUGUUUUGAAAAUUUUUCGGAUGCUAGAUAGAAACCAGGGACGCCAUUUCCAUUACUAUCAGCCUGGGAUUGGAACUUAUGUUUCCACCGCCUCGCUCUCAAACACUGGCCUUCUAUCACGCAUCAAAGGGUCGUAUAUGAAGGCAAAGGACUCCGCUGUGGGUUCGUCCUUUGCUGAGCAUGUCGUUGGCGGCUACCGAUUCCUGAUGCGAUACUACUCUCCUGGAGAUGACAUAUACUUUUUUGGCUUCAGUCGGGGUGCAUAUACCGCACGUUUCCUAGCCGAAAUGCUAGAUUUCGUUGGUUUACUUACCGCAGGAAACGAAGAGUUGGUCCAUUUCGCGUGGAAGACAUUUUCUAAAUGGCAGCAAAGAAGUGGUGACAGCGAAGAGGAUAAGCUAGAAAAAAUGAAGUUGUUUAGAUAUAUGAAGGCCUUCCGUGAAACCUUCAGCCGCCCGAUUAAGCAGAUUCGAUUCUUAGGACUGUUCGAUACGGUGAAUAGUGUUCCGAGUUUCGAAUCCGCAUGGAUGCAGAGGAACAAGUUUCCUUACACUGCACGAAGUUCGGCAAAGGUCAUCCGACAUGCCGUAGGUAUUGACGAACGCAGAGCUAAAUUUCGACAAGACUUGAUAUCCGAAUGCCGUCACUGCACAGUGAAGCAAUAUUCAGCGGCCCGGAGAUACAGUCGCUGGAGAGCUCGUCUCCGUGGGAAAAGCGCAGAGUCGCGCAAGGAUACCGGUAGACGCACAGAUACAUGUGCCAAGGAGAUCGACGAUAAGGGACAUAAGCAUAGCAAUGGCCAUCGCAAUGGCCAUAGCAACGGUCACAGCAACGGUCAUGAGAACAGCCAUGGGAACCGCCAACGGCAAUUCUCACCCAGCCGAGCGGAUUCCUAUGAAGUGGAAGAUAGGUAUCGCCCACCAACGAGCCAGGGAGCUGGGAGGGACCCUUUGCAUCUGUCAGCACACCAGCCUUGCGACCUGGAUUCGGAAAUUGCAUCUGUGCGGAGCGGGAACUCGCAAAUGUCGCUGAGCCGGGGCCACAAUAUCGAUACUGACGACGGUGCGCAAGACAUCCAAGAAGUGUGGUUCCCAGGUGGCCAUGCAGAUAUUGGAGGCGGGUGGGAACUUAGGCCUCAGGAAAGGUGGCCCCUUAGCCACGCUCCAUUGGUGUGGAUGGUGCAGGAGGCUCAAAAGGCUGGGCUGCAAUUCGAUGAGCGCAAACUACGGCAGUUUAAAUGCAAUAAUCCAUACCCAGGCGGCAAGCAGAGCGUACGGCUCGAAAUGCCAUCCGUUGUUAUUACCGAUGAACAUGGAGCUUCUCCUGCUGAUCCCGACCUUGAAUGUCAUCCAAGUGAUAGCAAUGAUAAUAGCAAUCACGCCUUGGACAUUGUUGGGUCCAUGGUAGACGAAGAAUUUCACACCGCUCUCCAUUCUUCGAGCACACAAGGGCACCUUCACGACUGCCUCGAAUUUGGUAGCGGGUUAUCGGCGAUAUCAGUGAUCAUAUGGAAGAUCAUGGAGUAUCUCCCAUUCCGCCGAAUGGAUCUGCAAGCUGACGGGAGUUGGAAGCCGAUUCGCUGGCCUCUUCCCUGUGGCGAAGUACGGGAUAUCCCUGCGGAUGCUCAUAUCCAUGUAAGUGCAAUCCGGCGUAUGAGGGCGGACAAGAACUAUCGACCGGGGAAUUUGAUUCUGGGAGGUGGUGGACGAGGAGUGAGGCGCGCGCCAGAACAUUUGGGCAUUGGGGAAUGGGUGGUUGCAGCGAACGAGGGGGAUGUAGUGCGAGAGACAUACAUGAGAAAGGCUCGCGGUGGUUGUUGCCCAACUAGCGUGAGUAAGUCCCGGGAGCAGGUGGCUCUUAGACCGGACAACAGCACUUAAUCAGGUUUUUGAUCCCCUGAAAAGUCCCUGCUUGUUUUGCGCUAAAUGGGUCACAUAUUGGCCUCCUUAUUGAUCAGCCAUGCGUUUGAUUUGAAUGUGAACUCCUCAGAGCUAUAAUGCCCUACUAUAACAGCUCAACCUUCUCUUGUUUCUUGAUUAGCUGAAAGUCUCCAUAUAAUCCUUUGAAAAUGAGACAUUUCUAUUUGUAAGUUAGUUUUCUACC